AUGGCACCUUCUAGGGGAAAGGCGGCGAUUGUCUCAGCUGCAGAUGAGGGCGACACUGCCGUUCAACAACAAUCCAACUCGGCACUAAUCUCCGCCAAACGAAACCUGAACUACCUCUUCUCGCCGACCGCAGCUGAAAAGCCUGCUCGAUUUCGAACGCGCGCACUGCUCCGCACAGUCCGUUACCUGGGUCAGUUCGUCAUAUGGCGGCUGGUUCGUUGGGCAAAGUAUGUCGCCGUUGGAGCCUUGGUGGCGGCAGUGGGAGCUACUGCAUUUGGUGGCAUGAUAUCUGGAGUGGCGUGGCUGGCUGCACCUCCGACAAUAGGAGCGAGCAUCCUUGCAGCGGGUGUCUGGGGAGUGGGCAGGUUUGCAGCGAGGAGGCUACAUAGGAGAUGGAAGAGCAGCGGAGGUGAUAUGGGCGAGGAAGUCAGGGAGCGGGUGAUGGAUCAAGAGGGAGGGAUCAGGCGAGAGGGCUCGUACGGGCUGGACGUUGGACCGAGAGCUGUUCCUUGGUGA